ACCGGCGAUUGGCUUGCGGCGUGUGGUGACGCCAGACGUAAAGCGCCGAACCCACAGUAGGCGCGUAAAGGUGGCCGCAAAUUCCCUUUGCCAGACUCUCUGAGCCCGUGGACUAGACAAGAUGAGCAAAGCUCACCCUCCGGAGCUGAAAAAAUUUAUGGACAAGAAGUUAUCAUUGAAAUUAAAUGGUGGCAGGCAUGUCCAAGGAAUAUUGCGAGGAUUUGAUCCCUUUAUGAAUCUUGUGAUAGAUGAAUGUGUGGAGAUGGCAACUAGUGGGCAACAGAACAAUAUUGGAAUGGUGGUAAUACGAGGAAAUAGUAUCAUUAUGCUGGAAGCCUUAGAACGAGUUUAAACAAUGACUGACUGUUCAGCAGAGAAAUCCAUGGUCCUCUUCAAAGCGCUAGUUUCAGUGACUCAAAAUUGAGUCAUACACAUUUUCGUACUGUUUUUUGUUAAAUAAACUUUUUUAAGUCAAAAAUA